UGGGAUGUGGCUCGGACGUAUUUAUGUUGCUGCUGAAAAAAUGAGAAGCUCUGAAUCAACGCGACACCCGGAGCGGAGCCACGGGUCGGGAGCGGAGCCGGCGCGGGUCGGAACCAGCAACCACGACCGAAACUGAUGUCCUGGGUUCGUCCGGGGUCCGCUCUCGGCCUCGCGAGCAAACGUGUCCGCGGAAUUCUGUGCUUACGUAAUGACAAUGUCCAGAGCCCAACAGAACAGGACCAUGGAGUCCUCCGUGGCGCUGGGAAAACUGGAAGUGACCCCCUGCUCCGACGCUGGUGGGGUCAGCCCGAACCCUCGGAUCUCCGGAGGCACCCACGGAGAGAGGUCCAGUCCUGUCCGGCUGUCAGGUCCACAGGGCCAGACUCACCUGAACGGCUGCGUCCCGCUGACACAUCAGGUGGCGGGACACAAGUUCGGAGUGGACAAAGUGGGUAUUUUGCAGCACCCAGAUGGUACAGUCCUGAAGCAAGUCCAGCCUCCACCCAGAGGUCUACGAGAAAUGCAGUUUUAUAGCAUGGUGUAUGCAGAGGACUGCUGUGAUCCGUGUCUUCUGGGCCUUCAGAACCAUCUUCCCAAAUAUUACGGCACCUGGUCGUCUCCUGACAGCCCCAACGACCUCUACCUGAAGCUGGAGGAUGUGACCCGUCGCUUCAUCAGGCCGUGCAUCAUGGAUGUGAAGCUGGGCCAGCAGAGCUACGAUCCUUUUGCCUCGGAGGAGAAACGGGACCAGCAGAUCAGGAAAUACCCUCUGAUGGAGGAGAUCGGUUUCCUGAUCCUCGGCAUGAGGGUGUACGACAUCCGUGGUGACACGUUUAAGUCCUACGACCAACAUUAUGGAAGAGGACUGGAUAAGGACACCGUUAAAGAUGGUUUGGCAAAGUUCUUCCAUAACGGAGUCAGUCUGAGGAAGGAUGCCAUCUCAGCCAGCAUAUGCAGAGUCCAGCGGAUCCUCCACUGGUUCCAUUCCCAGAACCAGCUGGCCUUUUAUGCCAGCUCCCUGCUCUUCGUCUACGAGGGCCUCCCCUCCUCCCUCACCUCUUCCUCCCUUCACAGCAAUCCAGCGAUGAAGAUGAAGGUUGGUCAGGACAAGGAGGCAACUGAGUACAACAACAACAUCCAGGUGGCGACGCCGUGGGGCUGCACCAAUCACAGGAAGGGUGGUGAUGAUGAUGGUGUUACUCAGCUGAUGAAGAGCUCAGAUUCUGUGGAGAAGACUUCAGCUCUGAGGGAGGAAGACAAUGCCACCUGGAAGCAGACGGCUGACCCGAGACAGGAAGCUCAUGGCAACGGAAACAAGUCAGGGCGCGAUGAAGAUGGAGGGAGGAAGAACAGCGGCAGGAGACUGGAUGAGGAGGAGGAGGGACGUGGAGGUGACGGAGGACAGGACGACGCCGGAGAAACGGAGGUGGAGGUCAGGAUGAUUGACUUUGCCCACGUCUUCCCGAGUCAGAGCCAGGAUCACGGCUACAUCUUCGGCCUGAAACACCUGCUGACGGUUCUGGAGCAGAUCCUGUGUGACGCCGCACACACCUCCGUCCCGCCUCCUUCCUCCUGACCCUCCUCCUGUUCCUCUCAGAGGAGAGUCUGAGCAGAACUGAGGGGUUCUGACAGUGAGACCCACUCCAUCCUGUUCUGACCAUGGACAGGAAGAAUAUCUUGAGGUUUCCAGUCUGGAUGUUUGUGAUCAGGGCCGGAUGAAGUGACACCAACAGAACCUCUCUGUUCCUCCUACAUGUCAGUAACCAUGACAACGGCAGCAUCAUGGCAUCAGUUGUGAAUGAUCAGAAACAAAUCGGUGUCAUGUUUUGAAUAAAAUCAAAGAUUCCUGGAUGGAACUUGGUCCUGACACUCGGUAUGUUCUGGUCAGACUUGGGUCCGGCCUCCUCCUGUUAACUGGAUCAGGUUUGUUUACAGUCCUCGGACGGAUGGAGGUGGACUCUACCUGGUGAAUCAGGGUGAACUGACACAGACGAAACAUUGAUGUUGUGAUGCAGGUGUGUAACUCAGGUAUCUACUGGAACUCAGCAACAGUGUCCUCCUGCUGCGUCUCAUGUGUUUAACCUUCCCAUGAUUUUAUCUCCUUCGUUGGUUCUGAGUUUUUAUAUUUCUGACUUCCGAACCUUCUGAUUCGCUUGGACAUAUCUGCUGCUGAAAAGGACGACAUCACUCCCUUCCUUCACACUAACUUACUUUCAAACUUUAGACCGGUUCUGUACAUCUGAUGGAAGAUGUGCUUCUGUUGGACACGUUUCUGUAAAACCACUCCAGACUUUAUUUUAUGAUUUUAGGUUGUUCUUAAUGAUUUUGUUAGAAAAUCGGAUCAAAAAUCAGCUGUUUCCUCCCAGGUGUCGAAGAUCAGAACCAUCCAGGAGAGACAGAACCACUUAAUGUGAUGAGACGGUCUGAACACCAUUCGGUUCUGCUCAAAGAAAGAAAAUAACAAAGAACUGUGAGGAAAAUUAAGAUCUCACAGCUUUAGUUGGUUUAGUUCAUUAAGCUGUUCACUCAGAAGUAUGAAAAGAUGUUUAUAAAAGAUGUGAACAGUUCAUUCUGAUGUAUGAACAGUUCAUUCUGAAGUUUGAACUGUUGAUUCUGAUGUUUGAACAGUUCAUUCUGAUGUUUGAACAGUUCAUUCUGAUGUUUGAACUGUUCAUUCUGAUGUUUGAACAGUUCAUUCUGAUGUUUGAACUGUUCAUUCUGAUAUUUGAACAGUUCAUUCUGAUGUAUGAACAGUUCAUUCUGAUGUUUGAACAGUUCAUUCUGAUGUUUGAACAGUUCAUUCUGAUGUUUGAACAGUUCAUUCUGAUGUUUGAACUGUUCAUGCUGACGUACAAACAGUUCAUUCUGAUAUAUGAAUAGUUCAUUCUGAUAUAUGAACAGUUCAUUCUGAUGUUUGAACAGUUCAUCAUGUUUAUCAUUAAUUAUCAUCAAUAAUCAUCAUUAAUUUAUGCAGCAGGUCCGUCUGUGUGGAAAUAUGAACUGGCAUCUGGUUUAGGUAACAUGUUUUGUAGUAAGGAUGAUAAAGCGUAUGUGUUUCCUUUGCACAAGAGCACUUCAGUAGUGAACAGGGAUGGAGCAGGACAGGGCAGAUGAGGGCUGUCACUUUUAAUGUGUUUCAGAUUCAUCCCAAGUCAAUUUUGCAUGAAUUUGAAAUAAAUCAUAUUUAACACUUUUAAAGUUCACACGAAGAAAUAAGCAAGAGAAAAAUGUUUCUUUACUGAGAAACAUGCAGCAGGUUCACCUGACUCAACAGCACCCCCUGCUGGUUCACCUGACUCAACAGCACCCCCUGCUGGUUUACCUGACUCAACAGCACCCCCUGUUGGUUUACCUGACUCAACAGCACCCCCUGCUGGUUCACCUGACACAACAGCACCCUGUGCUGGUCCGCCUGACUCAACAGCACCCCCUGUUGGUUUACCUGACUCAACAGCACCCCCUGCUGGUUUACCUGACUCAACAGCACCCCCUGCUGGUUCACCUGACUCAACAGCUCCCCGUGCUGGUCCACCUGACUCAACAGCACCCCCUGCUGGUCCACCUGACUCAACAGCACCCCCUGCUGAUCCACCUGACUCAAUAAAACCCCCUGCUGGUCCGCCUGACUCAACAGCACUCCCUGGUGGUUCACCUGACUCAACAAAACCACCUGCUGGUCCCCGCUGCUGGUUCACCUGACUCAACAGCACCCCCUGCUGGUUUACCUGACUCAACAGCACCCCCUGCUGGUUUACCUGACUCAACAGCACCCCCUGCUGGUUUACCUGACUCAACAGCACCCCCUGCUUGAUCACAGUUCUCCCUGCUGCUAACAGGCUGAUGGGUAAAAAGUGAUGGUCCAGUUCUACUGGCGUUAGUGCCUAAUGUGAGACGUUCAUGGACAGAGAAAAUGCACACAUGCAGUCAGAAACAGACCUGUCAAACAGAAACAGUCAGGCAAAAGUCAGAAACUGUGAAAAACAGCUGGACAGAAACAGUUGGAUAGAGACAGUCGGUCAGUAGCUGUAGACGGAUCUGAGUAAUUUGUUUUGAUUUUUAUGAAAGUUUUUAUUUUUUAUUUUUUUUAACAAUGUAUUGAGUUUUUGCUUUGGCCAGUAGAAGCACUGGAACUGACCGGGUCUUGCAGACCCGUCUUCUAAUACAGAACCACAGGAACUGAUCCGGUCCUGCAGACCUGUGUUAUAAUACAAACCUACUGGAGCUGUAUAAUACAGAACACGAAUAUAAUGAGCUGUGUGUAAAUCCUGAUCUUUUGUAAAUUUCUCUAAAUGUAUUUUGUUUUUAAUCUGAACCAAAACAAACGGUAAACAUAUAGUACACAAUAUUUUCCCUGACACUGUUAUUUUUUUAAUAAAUGUCAUUGUUUGAAUUUA